AUGCAGCGAGCCGCAACACCACCUCCCUCGCAACCUCCGCCUGUCGCAUCCCCACCAACCCCAGAGGUCACCAGACGCAUCGAGCAAAACAGACUGCGCGCGAAAGCGAUCCGGGACCAACGUGAAGCGCAACAUCGGGCCGCGGGGACCGCCCCGGCAGGCCCCAAAUCCGCCUCGGGCCAUGUGCCUACCAAAGACGUCCACGUCUCCAAGUCGGUGACGGGGAAGCGCCCCUACGACUCGACGUCCUUGGCCGCGCCCUCCUCAACCCAGAUGGGGACCAACCGCGACGGGCGCCACCAAGGCGACCCCGAGGCGCUGCGCCCGGCCCGCAAAUUCGCAAAGUUUGUCGACUUCAACAUGAGCUCCAUGACCGACACAAAGGGCGGCUUCUUGUCCACCGAGGACGACCCCCACAACUACGCCCUCGGGGCCAAAAAGGCCGGUCGGCCGGAUGACGAGCAACGGCCCAAAGACAUGACUGUGCAGGAGUGGGAGCGCCUCCAGCUCAUCCGGAAGCUCCAGCGGCAGAAAGCAGGCCCGUUCGAACCCGGCCUCAGUGUUUUGGACGACGCGGAAAAGAGGAAAAAGUGCAGAGAGUGCGGCAGCCUAGAGAUUGACUUUGUCUGGAACGAAGUCUUUCACACGUCCGUGUGCAACAAGUGCAAAGAAGCGCAUCCUGAAAAGUACUCGCUGUUGACCAAGACAGAGUGCAAGCAAGAUUACUUGUUGACGGAUCCCGAGCUGCGAGACCCAGAGCUGCUGCCGCACCUGUCGCGACCGAAUCCCCACAAGUCACACUGGCACGACAUGAUGCUGUUUUUGCGCUUCCAGGUCGAGGAGUACGCUCUCAGGACCAAGUGGGGGUCGGCUGAGGCGCUGGAUGCCGAAUAUGAGCGGAGGGAAUCGCACAAGAAGGCGAGGAAAGAGGCAAAGUUCAAGGAGAAGCUCCUGGAUCUGAAGCGCAAGACGAGGACGGAUGCCUUUCGUCGGCAGGCCGGCACGCUCGACAAGUCGGGGGCAAGCAAGUUUGGCGACUCGAUACGGGAUGCGAGGCACGUUCAUCAAUGGGGACGCACGGUGCAGAAUGAGGAGGGCAUGACGAUCAAGACUUGUGUCGAUUGUGGUAUGGAGGUGGAAGAGCUGGAGCUGUAG